AUGAAGCCUAUUGCCUCAACCGAUGACCCUCUACAUUCUCCUCCCAUCAUCAACGAGUUGCCAGGGAUCAGAGGGUAUGACGCUGUCAACCCGGCCUCAGCCGCCUCCGCUCUGCAGCCUACAAAGGAACCGAUACUAAACAUGGCACUUCCAUCAUUGGCGCCAACACCGGCUGAUCGUACGGCUAUUCUGGUGGAUCACGGGAUGUAUACGCCACCUAGUCAAAGCAGCCCUAUGAAAUUGUUGCAAGACAGUGCACGUGAAGAUGACGGCAGCAGCACUUGUCCGCCAGAGGAGGAGUUAACAUUCGAGUAUCAUGGACCCGGCUCCUUUCUCUCCAUCUGCUCAAAGUCGGGAAUAGAGUGGGUGGCGGAGAAGACUGGAGUGCCAGACUUUGGACAAAUCGCACAGAACUUGGCGUCAGAUGUCUCUCGAGCGCUGAAAUUGUCUUCGUCUUCUACUUCAUCAACUACGCGCACCCCAGAGCCAGAGGAACAGAAGGCAUGGGAGUACACCAAAGUGUAUUUUGAAGAAGACCCGGAUGCGAGAUAUGGUCUCAUAAAUCGGUCAACGUUCGAACCUUUACUACGCGCGCAUCUGAAGAAAGAUGGCUCUUCAGAGGCUGAAUCUGAUCCGGCGUGGUAUGCUCUCAGAAAUACUGUCUACGCUGCUGGUUGUCGUAUCGUGGACUUGAAGACCAUGUCCAAAGGCUCAAAAAAGAGUGUCAUCUCACCAUUGAGCUGGAGCUACUUUUUGAACGCACUUUCGGUUCAUACAGACUUGUUGUACUUCAAGACAAGCCUGAUGGCGGUCCAAGCUCUAGCCAUGAUGGCAGUGUUCGUUGAGGCUAUCGGCUGUCCUUCCAUCGACUACAUGUUGUGCUCCUGUGCCAUGAAACUGGCGCAAGCGAAAGGCCUCCACAGGCAGCCGGCCGCGGCCUGGAAUCUUAGCAAACCCGCCAUUCAAUCCCGAAGCUUCCUCUGGUGGACACUGUAUGGAUAUGAGCGAAUGAACGCAAGCCGUUCAGGCCGACCAUUGUCCAUCAGCGAUGAAGACAUCACGUGCCUGCUGCCGAACGAAGCGCCGGCUGACAGUAGAAUGAACUUUGAAUUGUUAUUGGCAGCGAUGACCCAUUCUAGGCUGUCUGGGCUCAUUUCCCGAAGGAUCGGAGCUCUUAAGCAAGCGGAGGAAGUCAGUCUUCAGAGAAUAAGUGAGACCAUUGCGGAUCUCAGUCAACAGCUGGAUGACUGGUGGAACGGCCUCCCGGAAUUUGUCAAGAAAGACCUUAACGCCUCAGCGCCGCUGCCCCCAAACGUCUUAUUCCUCCAUGUCGCCUACCUCCAUUACGCUCACUACAGCAGCCUCGUUGCCAUCCACUCUAUCCUCGUACAUCCAUGGAAUUCGAUAAUCCUCAAAAUCGAAUCCGACCAAAAGGAAGAGCUCGCGGCGUUGGCUAGUGCCAGCAUGGACUUAUAUCUCAAAGCUACCCGACGAUUCAUCCACAACCUUCCGCAAGUAGACAUGAAUGCGCUAACUCCCAAAUGGCAAGUGGUCUUCAUCACGCAUUGA